CUCAACCUUCUCAUUACCCACCUCCUGUCUCAAACGCGUGUCCACAGUGCUGGACGAUGACUGAUUGCCAGCUUCCGACGUCGUUAUCGACUGUGUCGAGCAUAGACUAAGCGGUGCCGUGCGCGUUCAGCGCACCAGGCAGUCUGCAACCUAGAGUCCUAUCGCAUUCUGCUCGAGAAUCGAAAACCGUCGCAGCGCAUCGUAGUGCAUCGCUUGUGCCCAUAUGUAUGGUCAGGAGUGGUGAGAAGGAGGAUAGAAGACGACACAUGGCGGAGACGAGCCGAUCGGUUCGAAAGGAACAUGGACAGAAUGCUACGAUGUGCCGGGCGCAAACUUCAUCGUGGUCCCGCGCAACGGCAUCUGCUAAGGAUCCCUAAGCACCCGAGUUCUUGAGACUCCCAUCACUUGCUGGACCAGCCACCUCGUUGAUUCCUGCGCUGCAGCCUUCUGAGAUGGCGACGUCCUUCAGCGAUGAGACUCCACGAAUGCCUAGCCAUGCCUGCUACGAGAGGCAGCUUCGAACUGGACGCACAAGGUCGAGAACCCUUUUUUCGUAGCCACUGCUGGCUCCCCGGCUGCCUCGACAGUUGCACACGCUGAAGCGCGAGUGCCGCUCAAGGAAAAGGCUCAGCACCUGUUCCACGUCGUUCAAAGAAAUAGGAAAGCAAAAGAAUUGAAAAGUACGACGACACGUGCAACCGAUUCGCAUAGAUAGAAAAAGGAGUAUUUUUACAUGCUACGUUCCGCAAGGAUAUUGCCUUCCUUUGUGCAUAUUCCAAGCCGAUGACAUAGAUCGGGUAUGACGGAUUCAGAAGAGACAAGCAGCGUGACGAGGCAUUCUCAUCGCAACAAAAGAGAGCAGGAUGCGUCCUCCAGCUCCAUCCGCAGCGGGACACCAGCACGGAAUUCAGGUGUGUUGCAAGCGCUUGACCACGGACGCGUUACAUACCACGGGUUUGCCGGACCGCAUCUGACUGGCUUCUGUGCAGGGCCGGACCAAGUGGGCAGAGUGUAGCCGGCUGGCGUGUGCGAAGUGAAACAAAGCUGCACAUGAUUUUGAGAAGACGAAAGGGCAGCACCACGGCCGUGGUGCAGACACACGCUACAACGUCAGACUGUCGGAGCCGCGCUUGUUCAUUGUAAUCGUCGGCCGCCCAGCAUCUUCCGCGCCGCCAGCCCGUCAGGAGCUUGACCACUCGGCGAGCUGAUGGGCCACGGUCAGGACAGCCGUCGUUGCGUUUGGGUGUGACUCUGUGGUGAGGUCCAUAGGCUUCGACGGGUAUGUUUCUAUUGCUGGCCAGCAGGGACAUGAUUGGACGGGCGAUGUGCCUACCUGGACGCUCGGACCACAGGACAAGGCUCUCAGCGAGUCUCUCGCUCGUCGCCCGGAGCCCUGAACCAUCGACCGCUUCUUCCAUCAGCGGUCCGCUGCUUUUCUCCCCUCCGAGAAGACCCCCUCUGCAACUUUGGCUAUACUCGCUUUCCAUGACACCCCUUUUGAUUCCAUAUUCUCAGCUCUGUGCCACAUCCAGGAAUUAUUCCAAAUGGCCGAAACGUGCAUCGUUUGCCUAGGAGAGCUCCACCACGUCGGUGGCGCUUCCAGUUCCGACUCUAAGAGUCCCGCUCUCGAGGCGGACGACACCCCUGCCAACACCACGGAUGGUGGUGGUGAUGGUGCUUCCGAACUCAUCGCAACGCUGCUGCCGUGCGGUCAUUUUCUACACGAUGACUGCCUGAAGCCGUGGGUCGAGCGUGCUAACUCAUGCCCAAUCUGUCGUACGGCUUUUAACAUGGUCGAGCUGAGGUUGGCUCUCGGUGGCCCCGUGGAAUCAUCAUACGCCGUGCAAGACAAGCGUCAGGUUGCAGAUAUCGACCCUACCCUUGUUGUCGAAGAAGACGUUUUGGAAGAGAUUGACGCUGACCACGAAGACCCGUGCAUGGUCUGCGAAACGUACGGCGACGAGAGCGAGCUGCUCCUUUGCGAUGGCUGCAACAACACCACACACGUAUUCUGCGCCGGCCUGGACUCCGUGCCGGCUGGAACAUGGUUCUGCUAUACGUGCCAGCAAGAUCCUCAGGUCCUCGCGCAGAACUAUCGCACAUCGUCCAGUCGGCGACGCAGAAUCAGACGGCCUAUUCGAGAGGUUGGUUGGGAGCGUGCUUGGCGUUCGAUCUUCGAUCGUAUCCACUUCGACAUAGACUUCCCAUUUGACGAAGAGGAAGAUGAUGGUGCUGCUGAACGUGCGGCUGCUGCAGAGCGCAGGGAGAUUCGCGAAUGGCGCCGACGUUUCGACGUUGCUGCACGUCAAGGUGCAGCUACGCGGUUUCGCAAUACGGCAAACAUCCUCCGCCACCCUGAGCCGCCGCGGCAACCGAAAGCGGAGUCCGCAGAAGACAUCAGGGCCUGGAAUGCCUUCGAAAGGGCUCGGCGGAGGGAGGAAGAAGCACGAGCAGAAGACGAUGAUCAAUCACGCGGCAGAGGCAGAAAACGCAAAUCGCGAUCAAAUUCGCCACGCGAGGAAACACCACCGCCUACGGAACGCAAAUUGAAGCGUCCACGCAUUUCGAACAGACGACCGCAUGCGACGGCAGAGGCUUCAGGCAGUAACACUGGAAGCUCCAGUUCAGCCUCUGUACGAAUGUCUGCGCCAGCUCCCCAGCGCCCACGCCCAAACUUACCAUUGACCGAUGGCUCUGCUGAGGACUCUGCUCGCAAUAAUCGAACCACGUUUUUGCAGAGCCUGCUGGAUGAGGUAGAGUCACAUCCAGGUCGACCGGCGUCCGAGUUCGAUGCUUUCAACGACUAUGAAGAUGCUGGUUCCGGUCCGGAGCGAUCACCCUCACCGCAACUAUCUCCAGCCACGUCACCCGUCACGUCCAACUAUCCUACACCACACACGAUGACUCCACUACCACACUCACCAAUCACUCGGCCUGUGUCUCCACCACCGCUAGCUUCGACGAUCACGCCAAUCUUUCCACCUGCCCCCGAUUUCUCGCCGUUCUCUCCCGUCGUCGACGACAGUGUCGAUCGUUCGCGAGGAAGGCAACGCAAGCAGGCAUCGCGUCAUGCGUCGAGCUCCCCAGACCAAUCGCCAAGCCACUCGCCUGCGCGCGCGCCAAUGUCAUACGAGAUGAAGGACCAGAUUGCGAAAAUGGUUUCAUCUGCACUCAGGCCAUACUACAAUCGGAAGGAGGUAGACAAGUUCCAGUUCACAGAAAUCAACAAGGAGACCUCACGCAUGCUUUAUGACAAGAUCUGGGAUGCUGGAGGCCUCAUAGACCAAGCUGCCCAGGAGAGGUGGCAGAAGGUCGCUACCGAAGAGGUUGCGCAGGCGGUAAAACAGUUGACCAAGAGUCGUACGAACACACCGCCUGUUGUGGCCGAAAAAGCAACGACAUCAUCGCAACAAGCUACCUCUGAAGUUUCUCUUAGACCUGCUGCUGUGAAGGUGUAAAGAUGUUCAAUCCAAGUUAUUCGUGUUGGGUUGCUUUGCCAUGGCAAAGCAUGUUUGUUUCCAUUGCAUUUCGUCCAGCGACGGCGUUUACUAGGGGGCAACCAGUAAUACAGUUUUUCUUUUCCGGGACUUGUCCAGGCAGUCGCCAGAGGUUCGAGGCGAACAUACUUUGCACCAGGAAAGUAGGACGGUGUUCCUCAUGGACAGAUGCAUGAUGGCCAUUCGGAUCAAGAUUGCGCCCCGUUUUAUGCGUGAGCGCACGCUUGCAAUUAGAUAACCUGAUGAUAUACACUCUACACAUGUACACGUACAUAACGUAUGGGCCUGAAGAUAGACACGGGCUUAUGAACUUGUACGCACUGCAUGUUUGAUGGGACGGAACUGCGUGCUGGGGAUCAAGGGAAGAUUGCAGCAAAUGUAAUCGUAGACAUGAUAUAUUAUGUAAUUCAACCAUGCAUGAAUCUAUGGUAGCUGUC